AUGGACAAUCAAAAGAAACAAGAGCGGCAGGAGAGGUCUCAACGGCAACAACCGAGGUACUCGAUGAGCGAUAUACCCGAAGACCCAAACCAGCGCAGUGCAUUGUUCAUGCCAUCAUCGCGGAAGCGUGCAGACUCGCAUCAACCACGGACAACUCUACACCACACACCACGGUCAUCGGACGAUGAGCAACUGUCUCAACAAGCCGUCAUUUCCGCAUAUCUGAGAUCGUCUUAUUCUGACGACGACACGGGGCGUCCGAGGAGAUUCUCAUCAGCUGAGCCCUACUAUUCGCCAUCACCAGCCCACCACAAUCCUAAGAGCGAGAUCUCAAGAAUAAGCGGCAACUUCAACGCGCCAACGGCCAUGGAGCUAGAGCGACACAAAUCCCACAAGAGGAGUUCGCGGGGGUUGGGGAAGCUCAAGAACGCCGUCAGGGGUCUAGUCAGGGCAUGA